CAACGCCCACUAACAAAACCUGUUAAAGUAACGUAUAGCUCCUCACGCCGCCUGUUGAAACCUCCAUAGCCCCUCAGCACCGCCUGACACGCCGGAAUCUUACAUCAUCUCCACCGUGAUUCCACCUUCCAUUUCCAGAGACAAUAGUGCAGGGCGCAAACAUUUUCUUAGUGCUUUGUGCUUGUUAACCCUGCUUUUUGAGUAAUUCUUGUAAUUAAGCAUAUUUCCUUUGUGGAAUAUCUUAACAGUAAACUGGUUUUUUUUUUUGCCUCUGUAGUAUCAAGAAAGCCACAAUUUUUUAUUCUUGUUUCUCAGAAGAUGAUGAAACGUGUCAAAGCUAGCACCUUUAUCCAUGCUAUUCGCUCCUAUAAAAGAUUUUGUCACUUUGAAUCCAAAUCCCAUUUGGGUUUUGGUUCUUUAGGCUCAUCAGUUAGAACCAAUGUUGGGAUUUUCUGGGAUUUGGAUAACAAACCGCCUAAGUCAUUCCCACCAUUUGAAGCUGCCACAAAGCUAAAAAAGGCAGCUGGGGAAUUUGGGGUUGUGAGAUAUACAGUAGCUUAUGCUAAUCGACAUGCGUUUAGUUAUGUUCCUCCUUUAGUUAGGCAGCAAAGGAAAGAGAGGAAAACAUUGAAUUCUUUGGAAAAAAGUGGGGUUGUAAAGGUAGAGGAGCCUUAUUUUUGUAGAGUGUGCGGGAGGAGAUUUUAUACUAAUGAGAAGCUUGUGAAUCAUUUUAAGCAAAUUCACGAGCGCGAGCAUACAAAAAGGUUGAAUCAGCUAGAGUCUGCUAGAGGAAAAAUGAGGGUAAAGUUGGUGGCUAAGUAUGCAAUGAAAAUGGAUAAGUAUAAGAAUGCUGUUAGGGAUGUUUUGACUCCGAAAGUCGGGUAUGGUUUGGCGGAUGAGUUAAAACGAGCAGGCUUUUGGGUUAGGACUGUUUCAGAUAAGCCACAAGCUGCUGAUGUUGCAUUGAGGAAUCAUUUGGUUGAUGUGAUGGAUAAGAGGAUGGUGGAGUGUGUGGUUCUUGUGUCUGAUGAUUCGGAUUUCGUGGAAGUCUUGAAGGAGGCGAGGUUGAGGUGUUUGAAGACAGUAGUUGUUGGUGAUUGCAAUGACGGUGCUCUUAAGAGAACAGCAGAUGCUGCUUUCUCGUGGCAAGAGAUCAUGAUGGGAAAGGCCAAGAAAGAAGCUGUCUCUGUUGUUGGCCGGUGGAAGGACCGAGAUGUUCUGAAAAGAUUGGAGUGGACUUAUGAUCCAGAGGUGGAGAAAAAGCAGUAUUACUCCAAAGUUGAGAGCGAUGAUUCUGAUGGACUCUUUUCAGGGGAAGAUGAUAACAAGGAUGUUGGUGCUUCCAUCUCUAAGGAAGAUGCUCGUGCAUGGUGGGAGUUGGACUCUCGUUCAGGACAUGAUUGAUGCAGCAAUUGAUUGUUGGCUUCAGCUUCAUUCUUAUAAAAAGGAGAGAUGAACUGGUGAUUCCACUAUAGAUUCCAUCCUAAGAAGGAUUUCGUAAUGUUGAGGAGAUGGACAGAGAUGAUGGAUUACCUUUUUCAAAUAACUUUGCUGCCAAUUGUACAUACUGUGGUUUCGUAUGCUAUAAUCCAGUGGAGAGACUCGGAGAUUGAGGUUGAUCUCAGAGGCAAACAGAAGGGUCUAAAUUAAUGAGAAUAUCUUCACAAUAGAUUUUGGGUCAUGAGUAAAGAGGGACCUUUGAAGCAGAACAAAAAAGAUGAUAAGCUCGUCAUACAUCAGACCUGGAACGUUGCAGCUAUAGUAAGGAAAGUUCGUGGGGUGCAACAGUACAAAUGGCUGUUACUGUCAAAUAAAGAACAUUUGCUAAAUUUAAUUGAAGAGCAGCAACGAGAAGCACUACAACAACCAUGAAUAGAAGCCCAUAUUCAGCAGAAGCAUGUCGAUUUGUAGAACAUCCCAUAUUCAGCAGAAGCAUGUCGAUUUGUAGAACAUCAAGUAGGAACAAGUGCAACUGGAUUCGACCACGAGUGCAACAAAUGGACAAGCCGAAGAACAAGACAAGUACGCAUAUAUAUAUAUAUUGUGAUUUAAAAUGUUUAUGUUUAAAAGAAUUUUUACAUAGUUAUUUCAAUUGAAUAGAGAGCUAUUUUUCUUCGCAUAUCGAAGCUACAACAUUUUCAUGACAAUACUUUCGGUGUUAUUGCUUGAAGAAUUUAUGCUUCAGCUUGAGAUCUAAGCACCCAACAGUCCCGUACUUUUAAGCUCCUCUCCCUUUUCUCAGCUGAAAUAGAGAGCUGUGUUUGAGACCAA